AAAAAAAAAAAAAAAAAAAGUAAACUCAUACUAACACCCUUUAAUAUAGCAACAAUGCAUAUCCAAGAUAAGUCCGAACGGGCAUGAGCCUACGUUGGUUCUUCAAUGAGCCAUGCGGUGGCGGAGCCCCUUCGAUUGGGAAUGGGAAUGGGAAUGGGCAUGGGUAAAUAAACGUGUGUGUGUGCGGGCGUUUGCAAGGCCAUGGGGCCUGACCAACGGAGCACGAUAUGCCAGACCACCUCCACGUGGUGUGCUCCGGACAACAUCUUGGAGAGUCUUUUCGAUGAUGAUAAAGGAAAGCACUCUCCAAGGUGGCUAAGAGUCUGGCUUCUUGUAGCUUAGAAUAGUAACCAGGUAAGCUAGAUAGCUAGAUAGCAAACAAUCUCUUAAUAAAGUAAAAAAA